AUGUCGAGACUAAGCAAUAUGAGGCACUUGCACUCGGUGAAAACACCGAAUAUCACACAGAUACCGGACUUCACGAAGUACUCUCCCGUGAGGCCGAUCAAUGAGGAGUUGGCGCCGUACAUAUACGAGACGAUGAAGGCGUUUCCUUCGCGGUCGCACUAUAUCAACCAGCAGCAUUACUACCACAACAAGAACGUUCUCAUAAAUGACUACCUCAAGAAGAAUCCCACGCCUGUGUCGUUGACGCAAUUGGCGCAGUACUAUGACGAUUCCACGACGCUUACUAAACAGAAGGUGAUAAGUUCCGCUAAGUUUGUGAAGGAGGAGAUCAGCAUACGUAUGGCGCACAAGAUCCACUCAUUGCAGCUGCUGCCAUUCAAUGUGAUCAACAACUUCCAUUUUGUGCAAGUGUAUGAGUCCUACUACAACAUAUUUGAGCGGUUUCGGAAGUUCCCAGCGGUGCGGACGCUGGACGAUAGCAUACGGUUCACGAAGUUCGCGCGGGAUAUACUGAAGGACUUCAACACGCUGAACCUCCCGCACCUGAUCAUGGGCGCGCUGGAGUGCACGACGCUGGACCUGUACCCUACGGACAAGAUGGACAAGCUGCUGUCGGACCUGCUUCGUGCGCGGAUCUCGAGGCGGUUGAUAGUGGAGGAGCACAUAAGUAUCGCGGACAACUACUUCAGUGGUAAGAAGAAGAACACGCUUGUGCUUGGGGACAUAUUCCAGGAAUGCAGUGCGAAGGAGCACAUUCUCGGUGCCAGCAAGAUAUGCGAGAAGUUCAUCCAGGACAUGUAUUUCGAGAGCAUCCCGAUGCCUGAGCUGAAGAUCAACGGCGAGACGGACCUGAAGUUCUACUUCCUGCCCUCGCACCUCAAGUACCUGCUGGGCGAGAUACUGCGGAACACGUACGAGGCCACCAUCAAGGACUACAUACGGAAGGGUUUACCGAAGCCCGAGCCGAUAGUGAUCACCAUUAUAAAGAAUGAGGAGUCGUACCUGUUCCGGAUAUGUGAUAGAGCUGGCGGGCUGGCGCACCAUCACGACGACAACAACAUCUGGUCGUUCGGCAAGACUAAAGAGCAAGCGGCACAGUCCAUUUCGAACUUCCACAAGCUGCCGGGCCUGCAGACCGUGUCGCUGUACGACCACCUGUACAACAACACCGAGGACAGGCAGGUGAACAGGGCGUACAUCAACACCUCGCUGGAGCCGAUGGCACACAGCAACAUCGCCUCCGCGGUGGCAACGGGCUACGAAGUCCCGCUGCUCAAGCUCCUCAAGAGAUCGUUCAGGUACAAGCUGGGCAUCGGCCUGGCGAUGUGCAAAGUGUACGCGGAGUACUGGAACGGAGACCUCACCCUGCACUCCAUCCACGGGUUCGGCACAGACACAGUGCUGAAGCUGGGCAACCUGAUGAUCCACACCAAGGACAAACAGCUAGACCGAGUGUAG